GAUAAAUAUGCGCACAUUAAAUAGAUGAGAAAGAGAGAGUUGCAAAAUGGGCUUUUUUUUUUUUCUCAGUUUCCUAAUCGAUUACAGAUUACAGAGUCUUCUGGAUUAGCUUAUUCUUUUCAGGAUUUUUUUAUGCUGAACUAGCUUUUGCAGUUUCCUAUUCCUUAGCGAAGGAGUAAGGAUUGGAUCCCGAUAAGAGAGGGGAGAGAGAGAGAGAGAGAGAAUCCAAAGGAGUUGGGAAAUCAGAAUUAGAGUUUCACCGCUUCACGUAGUCGCACAUUAAGCAAAAUGAUCCACCACACUCUUUCGUUUCUCUCUGAAGAUAGGAAGCAAAUAAUGCCAAGCAAGAACCUCCCAGAGGAACUCAUCCUUGAUAUACUUUCAAGGCUACCAGUCAAGUCUCUUCUAAGAUUCAGGUGCGUAUCCAAACCAUGGUGUAUUCUUAUAACAGAUCCUUCUUUCAUCAAAAUGCACCUCAACCGAUCCCUUGCAACCAAUACCAACCUCACCCUCAUUUACAGAAACUCCAUUGAUUUCUACUCUGUUGACUUAGAUGCUUGGGAAUUCAAUCAUCCUCUCAAAUCUCAAUUCUUCAGACCCACACGUUUAUUGGGUUCUUGUAACGGCUUACUCUGUAUACUUAACUGUGAGGAUGACACAUUCCUCUGGAAUCCUUCCACCACAAUGCAUCAGAAGCUGCCCUUAAUACCUAUAGAUCAUACUCUCUAUGACUAUGCUUAUGGAUUUGGUUAUGACCCCAUCACCGACGAUUACAAGGUGUUAAGGGUUGUGGGGUUUCACAGUAAUGAUCAUAGUUGGCAUUCGAAGGUGAUGGUCUAUUCACUUCGCAACAACUCAUGGAGAAGGAUAGAGGACAUGCAGUUCCCCUCCAUCUCUCUCGAAUGGAUGCGUGGGCUUCUUGUAAAUUCUGCUCUUCAUUGGGUCACAGAGGACUGGACUGGACAUGGGUUUCUCGUUUCCUUUGACCUUACAGAUGAGGAGUAUCGAGAGAUGCCAUUGCCUGACAUUGUGGACUAUGACUUUGUGGAUGAUAAGUUUCUUAUGAAAGUUGGGGUUCUUGGAGGACAACUCUGUUUGGUCUGUAGCUUCAGUUUCCGUGUUGAGAUUUGGGUGAUGAAGGAUUAUGGUGUGAGGGAGUCUUGGGUGAAAAUGUUCUCGAAUGAAGAACAUUUUGUGAUAUGGCAGUUUUAUUACCUCACGCCUGUAUGCUAUUCAAAGAAUGGAGAAUUUAUACUCCGUAGGGGUGGUAGGUGCGGAUCGCUGAUCCUCUAUGACCCCCAUAGAGGAAUGGCUAGUAAUCUUAGGAAUUAUUGUCCAGAUGAUAUAGAAAUCUGUGUUGGGAGUCUUGUUCCAAUUAAUAUGCCAAAGAUGGAAUUGAACAAGAAAAAAAUGGAAGAAAAAGAAACAAAGGGAAUCAUAUAGAGAGCGGUCCUCGAGAACUAUUCUCGGGACUGAUCCAUAGAUGGAAUCCACGCAAGGAAAAACCCUGUGAUGGAUUCCUCUAUGUGGAUCAGACCGAAUGAGAAUGAUGGUAUUCGUAAGUACCUAAUCCACACUUUACUAGAAAUUACUAUUCUUAUAUUUACAAUUGUUCCCUCUUAUGUUGUCAAUGAAGAUCAGAUGUACUUGCAGGUUAG